AUGGCUCUCGCUGCGCGUGCGGAGCCGCCCAACGGUUCUGCCGCCACGCUCGACUCGCCAGCCGACGAAAGCGAUGAAGUCGCGCUGGCCCCUCCUCAAGCCUUCUUGCACUUCGCCCGCUCGCUUGCCCCCACUUCGACUCGCCGAGACGCCCUACGAGCUUGGGACAGGACUACAGACGUCGCAGUGAGCUUUGAGAAGGACGGCAGCAUCAGUAUGGAGAGCCAGAGAGUCCAAGCCGCUCUCGGACUCCUUGUCGACCUGCUUGAGACGCCCAACGCAGACUCUCUCUCCUCGCCCAUCGCAGCAGGCUCGAAAGCCGCUUCUUCGACCGCACAGAAGAGGCCGCUCUCGCCCGCUCCCGUCCUCGACCUCGACCCGAUGCCGACUCACAAGCGCGUUCGUGCGGGCGCAAGGGCGGCGGGGCGUGCGAAGGGUGUGAACGGGACUGCUGGCGGCAUGAAGAAGGGCAAGGGCAAAGAGAAGGAGGUCGCGGUCGUCCUGGGCUCGUCGGACGAGGAAGAGGUCGACCCAUUGGGCGACAGCAGUAUCGAGAUCAUCUCGUCGCCGGUCAAGGCGAGGCGCGGAGUCCGAGUCAAUAAGGGCAAAGGUCGCGCUAUCGAACUCGAACCCUCGCCCGAGCCUGCUGCAAAGCCCGCUGGCGAGAUCCUCCUCAUCUCCGACGAUGACGAGCCAUUUGACAACCGCGCCGCAACCGAAGCGACUCCUCCCGCCGCCGAGCCGACUCCCCUCGAACAGGUCCUUUUCCUCAUCCCCGACGUCCUCCCCGACCACGCUCAAGCGCUUCUUCAGUCUCCCGAUUACGGCGGGAACGUCGAAGCUGUCGUCUACCACCUGCUCGAGCAGAACGGCAAGUACCCCAAGAUUGAAGAGCCGGAGAAUAAGGUCGUGGAGAAGAAGGACUGGCUCGACGUCCAGGACCGCAGGAGGACGGAGACGCCGAGUCCGUUGUACCGCAAGAUGGCCCUCGACCACCUCUACGCCGCUUUCCCGCUUCUCCCCGCCGCCUUGAUCAAGAAGACCUUCGUCUCGCCCGAUUGCGCCUCUUUCUUUGCUCCGACAUACCAGCUGCUCAAUAAGCGUCUCGAAGCCGGCGAGUACGACGCGCAGAAGCUCAGGAAGGGGAGGAAGCCGCCGAAGAAGACGAUGAGGCUGAGCAUUACGAAUACAGUGGAUGAAGAAGGGAAGUCGCAUCGCGUCGUGGAGGAGAUUGAGGCAGAGGUGCCGGAAGAGUUGAAGCAGGAGAUCGAGUGGCUGAAGGCUCGCUUGCUCCGGGAACGCCACGAGCGCCUUCGUGCUGAACGCGAGGAGAAGGCUGCGCAGGAAGAGCGCGAAAGGGUCGAGUUGCUGAACGAGCAGGCGAGGCAGAACGGCGAGGCGGUCGAAUGCGGCUGCUGCUUCGAUGAGGUUGCGCUCGAGAACAGUGCGCAAUGUGCCGAAGGUCACCUCUUUUGCAAGACUUGCGCCGUCGCCAAUGCGAGCGACCGCAUCGGGCGUCGUCAAGCGGUCCUCCCCUGCAUGACCGCCGAAUGUACUGCGACCUUCCCGCCCGCCACCUACUCGUCCUUCCUCCCGCCUCGAAUGAUCGAGUCGCUCGCUUCGAUCGCUCAGCAAGUCGACCUCGACACCGCAUUCGACGGCGUCGACGGGUUCGAGAAGUGCCCCUUCUGCCCGUACGCCUGCUACAUCGAAAAUCCGCAAGAACGUCUCCUGCGUUGCGAGCGCCCCGAGUGCAGGAAGGUCACCUGUUGUCAGUGCAAGAAGGAGAGCCAUCUCCCGCUGUCGUGCGUAGAGGCGGACAAGGACAGUCGACUUGCAGGCGUGCAUGCGGUCGCUGAGGCGAUGUCGGCAGCGCUCAUCCGCCCGUGCCCCUCCUGCAAAGUGCCCGCAACGAAGAUCGACGGAUGUAACAAGAUGACGUGCAGCCAGUGCCACGCACAUUGGUGCUACGUUUGCCGCAAGAAGAUCACCAACGGCUACGCUCACUUCAGCCAGGCCACCUGCCCCCAAUUCGACGAUACAAGGAUGCGCGAGCACAAGGAGGUCGAAGCCGCUCGCCUCGCCGCCCAAGCUGAUCUCGACGACCUCACCAAGGCCGAUGCCGCCGUCCUCGCCGACGAAGCGCCUGUCCGCGGCCCUCCCGUCUUUCCGCAACGUCCCAAUGUCGUCCCAGGCGCCGCUGGCCCGCCGAACUUCGUCGCCGCUCCGCUUGCACCGGCCCAGGCAGCUCGGGACUUUCAGGACGUUAUGGCUCGCGUCCAAGCGGCUCAGAAUGGGAUGCUGGCGGCUAUCCUUGCAUGGAGGCGGUGA